AUAGACGUUCCAGGCUACGUUCCGGACAUCCUUGAGCAUCCGCUCGUGCACUUCAGCCAGCGUUACGAUUGGGACUGUGGUUUAGCAUGUAUCCUUAUGAUACUGGACCGUCGACAGCGACAAACGUUUCUGUCCCAGUUUCAGCAGAUCUGCGACGAAGGCCAGUUCGGUAAGAGCACAUGGACAAUUGACUUGUGCUACGUACUGAAGGACUUUAACGUCCCCCACAAAUACCUGACAAAAACGCUCGGCGCAAAUCCGAACCAUCGAGUGAACGAUUACUACAAAUCUUACACGCUGGAUAUGCUAAGGGUAAACAACAAAUUCCGUUACGCGGAGCAGAACGGAGUGGAUGUGAAGCAGUGCACGGUCAACUAUCGGUUUCUGAUCGACCACCUGGGCACGUACGGGAACAUUAUACUGCUCAUCAGUGCCUCGCUACUGUAUUGUGACCUGUGCAAAUUCAACAAGCUGCCUUGCGAGAUACGCUCCUGCCUAAGCAUUACGCCCAGCUACAUGGGCCACUACAUCGUUCUGUGCGGAUACAAUAAGCGACUGCAAAAGUUCAUGUACCGUAAUCCGGCCUGCAAAGACAAGGUAUGCUACAUUCCCUAUCAAGCAUUAGACAAAGCGCGCAAAGCGAACGGUACCGAUGAGGACAUCAUUCUUCUGUACGAUAAAGCCACAACAUGACAACGCAACGACCCACAGAAGCAGCACUUCCACGUCGAGCGCAUUUUGC